AGGGUCAUCAGUUAUAUAAAAAAUGGUUGGGAAAAUAAUUUUACGGAGAAGUGGCAACACUUGGCGGCAAGUAAACCACUGGAGCAAACGGCAACCGUCAAUUGUGAUUUCCCUGGAUCUGCACAAUGGGUUUCGCUGGUUGACGCGAAGGACGAUGUCCCUUCAUUUAAUAUUCAGAAUAUCGUGUCUUACUUUAUUGAAAGAAAAGCUAAAGACAAUGAAUCCAACAAAGAUUUCAAGAAUGUCAGCAUCAAAGCUUUCGGUUUGUUUCGACAUGGUCAUAUCCAAAAACUGGAAAUCGCACGGGACGACGACGACGACAAGGUACACUUCCGAUGUGAUUGCUUACCUGAAAUGAAGAAAAACUUGAACUAUAACAUAAAACUGUCACUGUGUAAUAACGGUGAACAGGAAGGUAAAAUCACGUUUGCUAGCUGUGCUUGCCCAGCUGGUAAAGGUCCAUGUGGCUCUUGUAAACACAUAGCCGCUCUUUGUUAUGCUCUUGAAGAAUUUGUGAGACUUAAGUGCACACGGGAAUUUGAAACAUGUACCUCAAGACUGCAAACUUGGAACCAGCCGAGAAAGAGGAAGCUCUUUCCUCUUUGGUUUUUCAACAGUAAAUAU